AAAAACCAGUACGAAGUCAGAGAGAUAGCGAGUAGAGAGAUUUUGGAUUGUAUUUCCAAAACAAAAGCACGUAUAUUAUAUUAUGCUUGUGGCUCAUGUAUUUUUGUAAAUACUUCCGCCAUAAAUUUAACUCCAUACACGCUUAGUGUGUGUGUGUAAGGGUUGAUAGGGAAGUUCAGAGAGCACUAUGGGUGUGUUCAGAGUACCUGUUCGUGCUGGUUAAAUGAUGUGGGGAGGCUUUUAAAGCAAGCUCCAAGCCGCUCCCAUGGCUCUGUGUUUAGCCUUUGCAGGGAUGUAACCUGCUCAUAAAGGAAGUCAGAGAUGAGCGUGUAGCUGUUUUUAUAGGCCACUGAAUGUUGUAGUCGAGCGGAAAUUCUACUGUUUACAGUCAAACACGGAAUCUUCCUGGACUCGCGCGCUGCUCAGCACUAUGGGAAAUCGUGGCGAAAAGUGAGCGAGUAUGAGGUUUGGAACGUCUCCCUGGAGUUGUCAUCCUCGCGCGUGCUUGUUUUGGUCGGAAAUGACGCCGGUCACUAAGCCUCUGAGAUCCCGGCUGCUGAAAUUGCUCGUCCUGGCUGCUCUCAUCGCGCUUUUCCUGUAUGUGUCUGUAAAACAUACUGCUUCUUUACCACCUAAAAGCUCUCGGCUUCUGCCAAAGGAGUUAUACAAGCUAAUCUCUCCGUUAACUUAUAAAUAUCUCCUCAACCAGCCUGACUUGUGCCAAAACAGGAAGCCAUUUCUGGUUCUCGUGAUCCCUGUGACGCUUCAGGACUCUGAAUCCAGGACAGCCAUCAGAAAAACAUGGGGUCAAGAGAACCUGGUCCCACAUGUGGACACCGCCAGGGUGUUCUUCAUCGGAGAACCGAGAGAACGUGACCCAAAGCUUGAGGAGGACCUUGAGAAAGAGAGUAUGGCAUACAGAGACAUUGUACAAAUGGACUUCCUGGACACUUAUCACAAUCUCACUAUCAAAACCAUGAUGAUCAUGAACUGGCUGGCCAGCUACUGCCGUUCUGCCCAGUAUGCCAUGAAGAUCGAUGCAGACAUCUUUCUCAACUUGCCUUAUCUUGUAGAUUACCUCCAAAACAAGGCUAAGCACAAUUACAUCACGGGGUCAGUCAUCACCGAUGGCCGGCCUCGCAGGAACCCCAACAGCAAGUGGUACCUUUCAGAGGAGCUGUACUCGGAGAACUUGUUUCCACCCUACUUGUCUGGAGCUGGAUAUGUCUUUUCAGUUGACCUGGCCAAGAAGAUAUCAAUGGCCUCCAAGUUUGUGCGUCCAAUCCCAAUGGAGGAUGUUUAUGUGGGUAUGUGCCUGCACUUCCUAAACAUUCGGCCUGAGUUUGCAUGGACGCUGUUGCCUUACAAGAACCUGUUCGAGAUCCGACAUUUGGACUAUGACAGAUGCACCUUCGCAAAGCGCGUCAUAGUUACGGGUUUUACUUCCACGAAGCUCAUGAGCAUGUGGACUGAUUUCCAGAGUGCUGCGUUUUCAUGCUGAUGAUCCAGCGCCUCUAGAGUCCGAAAUAUAUAACCAAAGUCAUUUGAAAAGAAUACUUGGUAAACAGUGGCCUUUAUGAAGGAUGUAUAGUUUACUUGUUGACCACAGCACUGCAACGUCAUGGAGAACUGCCAUGCUUUUAACAGAAUAUCAGGAUAAAUUAUUAAUCACUGUCAGUGUUGAACACAAUUCUCUUAAUUAAUAUUGUAUGUGCCUUAUUAACUCUAAAAACUAUAUGCACUGCAUAUUUAUGGAAUAUUUUGUUUAGUUUUUUAAGUUUUUGAUUAUUGUUAUUAUUUUUAUUAUUAUUGUCUAAUGUCAUUAUUGUUAUUAUUGUUAUUCUGUAAAAACAACAAAAAUAUUAAACAUUCAAAAUAUUACAGGUGUCUAACAGAUGAGGGAGCUCUUUCCCUUUCAAAUGCCACAAUGCUGUGUAUUAUUACAGGAACUGUACUGAAAUAAAGUUACACUGAACUAUA